CUGCCGGAAGCCAAGAUGGCGUGUGAGUGGUCUACGGGCCGCGCUUGGCGCCGUAUCCGUGUGUGAGCCGAGUGUUGGGGACGGGGUCAGGGCGAAGGCCGAACCCUGCGGCCAUGGCCCGACACCGCAAUGUCCGAGGUUACAACUACGAUGAAGAUUUUGAAGAUGAUGAUCUCUAUGGCCAGUCUGUAGAGGAUGACUAUUGUAUUUCACCAUCAACAGCUGCUCAGUUUAUUUACUCUCGACGAGACAGACCUGUAGAAGAAUAUGAUUAUGAAGAGCUGAAAGAUUCUCCCAAUUCUCUCUUGAAUCAUCAGCUAAGUGAAAUUGAUCAAGCUCGUCUUCAUUCCUGCCUUGACCACAUGAGAGAGGUGCUGGGAGAUGCUCUGUCAGACGAAGUCAUGAUUGAAGCCGUCCUGAAGAAUAAGUUUGACGUGCAGAAGGCUUUGUCGGUGGUUCUGGAACAAGAUAACGUGCAGAGUUUGAAGGGCAAGAGUGAAAGGGCAGCACCUGCAGGGAAGACAGUGAAAGGAGUCUUAUUUUCUUCCUUUGACGUUUCAGAUGAUAGUGUUCAGAGUUCUGACCCUCAGUCCAAUGAUCAUUUGUACUGCAGUGGCAAAUCCUUUGACUUUUGUAGCUUGGUAGCAAAAUGUGGAUCACAUAAUUCUACACUUGUGCCAAGUCACUGUUUACAUCAUAGGAAAAAGAAACUUGACAGACCUAAAAGUGAAAAGAAACUAGAGUCAUGUAAGUCCACCAAAGAGCUUUCACUAGCUGACCUGAUUCAUGAUCUGCCCAGAGAUUCUUGUUCCAGUCAACCUUCAGUCGGGUUACCACCCCCAGACAGUCUGGGAAGUCUACUCUCAAAGACUCAAAAUGCUGAGUUUUUAAGUCCUCCUGCAUUUGAAGGUGUUUCCAAAGAUGAUUUGGCUUUCAAAGGAAUACCAGAUUUAAAGUCUUUAAUGAGAGAGAACACAGCAUCAAAUGAUUCUUUAUUUAUUAAGAACAGUUCACUACCUGAUUUCCAAAACAUUCCAGUGCAAAGUACCUUGGGAAACUUAAGUAGUUUUUUGCACUUACCUAGCUCAUUGGAAAAUACAUCUCUUGAUAAUUUAAAUCCUAGUAUAAACACUGAAGUUGGAAACAUUUCUUUAGUUGAACAAAGUGCCAGGAAUAACAUCUUAAGAAGUGACAGGUUUCCACUUUCCCAGUGUGAGCAUCCGUCCCUAACAGAACUGCUUCAGGAGCAUAAAGGAAGCAGUCCAGGCCAACACACUGCUUCAGCUGACAUGUGCAUCCAGUCGUCUGCCAGCCUGGGGUCUGUUCCCCUAUCACAACUAUCCACUCGCUGCCAGUCUUCUAAUGGAAUAUCAGAAUUAACAGGGUCUCUGUCAUCUCUGGCAUUCUGUAAAACUUCUCCCACAAGAGACCUAGAAAAUUUGUCACUGUCUGAUUUAAUUGGAGAAAUGAUUGAUCUAGACCACUCCAAGAUUGAGAAAGAUUCUUUUGAGUCCAGUUUAUCUGAAAUGAGGAAUCCUGGAAUAGAUUCAAAUAUUGAUCUUAGUGUCCUGAUAAGAACUCCAGCUUUCGAUCCACAGCCUAUAGUUAACUCAUCAGUUGCUCCAACUCCAGGAACUAAAGUUCUGUGUUCAAAGUUAGGGAAUAAUGCUAACUCCACUAAGGAUAGUAAGAAAAAUAAGAAAGGCUCUCUUAGUAGGAAACCGCCUUUGUCUGUGUCAUGGACCAAAGCCCUUGAAGCUAGGCCAUCGGCUUUUGCUUCAACAUUAUGUCUUCGUUACCCACUGAAGAGCUGCAAGCGGCGUACCCUUGACCUCUACAAGACUUUCCUUUAUAGUAGACAAGUUCAAGAUGUGAAGGACAAAGAAAUAAGUCCUCUUGUAACAAUAACACCAUUUGACUUCAAAUCAGCAUCCCCUGAUGACAUUGUAAAAGCAAAUCAAAAGAAAGCAUUUGCCAGAGAAUAGUAACAAAGAAAUUCAGUUACUAAUGUAGAGCUUUUUAUUUUAAUAUAAAGUCUUUUUAGUGUAAUUUCUGUGUUAUGGCAUUCAAAUUGUGAUUUUUAUUCAAAGUGUCCUAAGUCAGUGGAUCGCAGCUUAGGUUAAUAAGUAUUUUUGCACUGAAAUGGGUUUCUAUCUUCUUAUGGCAGUGCCUAGCUUUAUUUGAGUUGGGUGCCCAUAAGGAGCAGAUGUUUACAAAGCAUUCAUGGGGACUUGAUGUUGUGAAGCUGAACCUCAGAUAGAUGCAAUAAGAUGUUUUCUGGUAUAAAAUAUUUUUGUGCUUUUUUUGUAAAUGAAAAUGUAAUUGCUUGGGAUUGUUGUGUAAGGAUUAUUCUUAUGAUAUUUAGCAUAGCUUAGACAAGGUUAUAUUUUAAAAUAGUUUGGUAAUCAUUCCUAGUUUUAUUAUUUUUUUUAGGUGAAUACUAACACUUUUCUAGAAAAUCUUAAAAUUCCUGACUUUUCAGAACACUGUGAAUAGGUUGAGGUGCAUUUUUGAUGACAAUAAAAUGAAAUUCUUUUAGGGGACCGUGUAAAUAUUGAAGUUGGAUUAGUACAUAAUUAUUUUUAUACAUUUUCAAAGCCAUGUGCCCAAAUUUAAAAUAAACAUACAGAAGUGUUUUGACCUGAGGCUGCAUGUCAUUUCAGUAGACAGCUUUAUCAACUCUCUUCCCUUUUCCUUACAGUAAAUAAAGAGGUGUGGAGCUUCCAUUGUGCUCCUGCUGGCUGUGUGCCCAAUAGUGACAAGGGGUCAGCAAAGGCAGGUCCAGGAGAACUCUCCUGGUCAGUAGGAUGGUUUGCGAAAUCCCAUGCAGCAGCACCCAGAGCCACUGGGAGUGGUGCUGGUGAUGGUGGGGGGAGUAGAGAUCAGGAUGCUGGUUUCACUCCUCACUUGCUGAGCCAGUCUUUGCGGGCCGGCCUUUGGGAAUAUGUGUUCCCAGUGACCUCCAGGUGAUGAUGAUGCCUGCUUCUACUUGAGGGUCACAGUAUAGCUCUCUGACCAACUUGAUUUCUAAAAGUCAGGCAUCCCAAGGAAAAUUGCUAAUUGGGAAUCGUGGUCUUUUACAUAAAAUGAACAAGGUAGUCACUACUGGUUCUUGUAUAAACAAUGUAGUCGUAUUUUCAGUCUUGUUUCUUAAUGAAAAUAAUUGCCCUUUUCCUAGGAAAAAUAUUUUUCACUGGCAGCUGCUUCACUGUACCCUUGAUAAUUUUUUUUUGUUUUUGGUAUUCUUGUUUAUUUUGAGAAUGACAAUCCAACAUUUUUAGCUUGGUGUGGGAUAAUAUUCCAAUAUUUUAGGGCAGUGUGAUGUCAUGUCCAGUAUUUUGGUGGGAAAAGUUAAUAACGUUGUUGACCAAAUGCUUCUUGAAUUAGUGUGGUUCCUCCAAGUUUUUGUUUGCCCUGGGGAUGGAGUCCAUACCUUAUGUAUGGUAGAAAAUGCUUUUUUUUUCAGUGAUGCUUAGGAGAUGAUAAGAUUCACAAGGUUGAUGAUUAGUAUUAAAGUUAGAAGUACCUUAGGCUGAUCUGGUCUCUAGUCUUGAGCCUUCCAUUAGUUUGCAAGCGUCAUCGUGUGACUUGCCAACUAGAUUUGUGUGUAGGCCAUGUCCAGCUUAGAAUUCACAUGGAUUUUAAGAAUUCAUAUCUGGUAAGCAUUCCUGAUAGAUUAAGCCCUCCCUCUAUGAGUGAUUUGCUUUGCACACGUAGCCACACAUUCUUUCUUAACCCACAUUGAAGAUAAAUGGUGAUACUGUUUUAAUUCCAUUCCAGACAAACUCAUUUUCAAGUGGAAGUAUGGGAUUGAUAAGCCAUAUAGCUGACUUUGUGAACUGUGUGCCUGUUGUUGACCGACUAGCAUUGAAACUAUCACUUAGGGAAUACAUUUUGUGGAGAAAAGUUCAGUACUCAUGCACAUGCAAGCACACAUGUGUAUACCACACACUUUUUUUUAGGUAAAGUCCCAGUCUUUCUAUUUUUCUUGUCUUGGCUGCUGGCUGCUGGCAAGUACCUGACAAGCAGUGCCCUUUUGACUACGGGAAUGUCAUAAUGUCUGCAAUUCAGAGGGUAAACCUAGACAUCUCCCUCCUGCCAUCCUGGGCACUGGCCCUGAUGAAGAGAGGAGUGAGUGCCUGCUUAUUCUCGGAUGAGCCCUUUGAUGAUGAUUGCUUGCACUAAGUGCAUGUUAUUUGGGAGCUCAGGGUUGAUUAGUGUGUAGGGUUUACUCUCAUUUUUAGUUCAUGUACCAAUUUUGAGAUGCAAAGCAUUUUUUCCUGUAUUAGAUCAAAUGCAGUAACUUAUUUUAGGGGAUGGAACUUUAUAAUUGUAGCCUGAAGAAUAUAAAAGACAGUCAAAGUGAUCGUGUGCACUCCUCUUCUUUGCCCUUUGCCUUCUGAAGUCAUGGUUCUUACAGGUAACUGACAAGAUUCAGUGCUUCGUUGUUCUGCAUAGCACACUUGACCUUCCUUUUGUUUUACUUUUUCUUUCUUUACUACUUAGGGGCCUUCUGGCCUGUUUCCCUCCACUUACCUUUGAAUCCUUCUUUCUUGAAUUUUGGCCCUUUUCUUCGCAUAAAAAUAGUGAUAACUAUCCUCAUUGUUUUAGAAUUCAGUGAGGUAUCAUGUAGCUGAUUUUCAUAGAAGAGAUACAACUAGUCAGGUGCUCUGCAUGUAUAAGGCAGCUUUAAGGGAAAACAGUGAAGAGGAACUAAUGAAUUCUUAAAUGACUAUUUAUGGUUUAUAGUGACCUUGACUACAUUUAAAUUAAAUUAUAUAUUGAAAAAGAACUAUGUCAGCAAGUUUUGUGUUUUAUGAUCAUGAAAAUAUGUAUUUGGUUAUGAAAUUAGUAUUCUAGUAGUUUUGAGAUUGUUCAAUGCCAUUUUUCAAUAAUGGAAUGUUUAUGAGCAAAGAUGAUAAUUGUUAGAAAGGGAGGGGUAAAUGCUUGUUUCUACACCAUUUUUUGUCUUGUUUUGUUUUUUUAACUCUUUGUAUAUAUAAUUACAUAAGACUCGUUGUAAUUGUAUAUUUUUAGUUUUUAGACUGUGAAAGACUUGUCAUAUUUUGAGUCUGUGUACACACUUCUAUAAAACUACUUUGAAAGAAAUUAUGAUUUGGAGAUUUUCUUAAAUCAAGAGUGAAAACUAUA